GCCAGCACAACCGGAAGCGCCCUUUCCGCUUGUGCUGUGUGCCUUGGGCGAAACCCCCACAAGAUUAUCGAAUGCAAGUCCCUCAAAACGUGGGACAACGCCUUCGAUACUCUUACCACCCGUCUCAGCAAAGUACUCACAAUGCGAGACGGACGUCCCAUCUGCAGCGAUUGGCAGAGAGCAAGUGGGUGUAUCGACACCACCCACGAUCGCCGCCAUUUUUGCUCAGGAUGCGCCGGCUCCUCUCAUGGAGCUCAAGCGUGUCCUCGAGCUCAGAAA